CCCCCGCCCGCCAAGGAUGGGGCGUGGGGUGCGGCGGGACGCAAGACCGGAUCCCUGCGGACGCGCGCCGCGGCUCUGGGAUGGGUGACGAUGUCCCUGUCCCCUCCCCUCAACUAGCUCUUGUUUCCGGGAGUUUCUCCAUCCAUGAGCGCGUCGCUGAGUCACCUUCUCCGAGCUCUCUCGGGACGCUCCGCACCCAACGGUCCUGGGAUCGCGAAUCCCAGGCGACUUGUCCCCCUGCUUCGCCCGGGGCCCCCCAAAAGGUGUGAAUGAGGCCGGUCCAUCGGGUACUCUGGAUGAGAAGACACCAUUGAGGCUAACGGGCUCCGCGCUGUUUCUGGACCCGGCUCUUCUCAACCGGACUAAGCGAUGCGCAGAGGAGAAUGUGAGGGGCGGUAGGGCGCCCCUGUGGGCGCGUGAGCACCCUGCACCAGGCCCAGACUGUGUCAUCCUCCUUCAGGGAUUAUUUUUUUUUCUAACUCUUGCCCUACUUGGUCAGGUCACUAACUCGGCCGUGGCAACUUCUUCCUCGCAGUCUACACAAAUAACCUUCCAGGGAUUUAACUCCAGUAGGUCGCGGACACGUUCAGGUCAUUUGCCGUGAAAUGCAGCGCGCUUGUGCGCAGACAGGCAGACAGACAGACAGACAGACAGACAGACAGACACACACACACACACACACACACACACACACACACACACUCUCAGGCACCCGCGUCCCGGUUCGCCUCCGCUUUUCCCGUGGAGUAGGCGGGAGGGGCCGGGACAACGGGACCACGCCCUCCAUGCUGGCCUCUCCAAUACCCGCCUGGACCCCUAGGCCGGUCCACACCGCCAGACUCCUCUACAGCCGGCGGGAAGAGCGGACCUGAUCGCCCACUGCAGGCAACUUCUCUGUUGCAGCAGCGCGCAACUGCCCGCGUGAGGUUUCAGGAUCCGACCUUGCGCUCAUCCAAUGUCCGGGAGCCGUGGCCCAGGACUCUGCCGGCGCUGUCCCUUCCUGUCCCUCAGAUCUGGACGCCGCACGGAAUGACGCGGGUGCCCCCAGAGCCCCAGCUCCGGGCGGGAAGGGCGAGCCCCACAACCAGCCCCACGAUGCCCUCCUGCGCGGAACCGAUAAGGAGCUGAAGGCAGGAUCCACAGUCACCGAGGGCAGCGCCCUGACAUCGCCGGGGAGCCAUUGGCAGCUGGAACCGCAGGAGGCCAUGGAUCCAGCGCGCAGCAGAGCCCGAGGCGCGCUCCCGCGGCCCUGCAACGUGCUGGUGUUGCUGAAUCCGCGAGCCGGCACCGGCAAGGCGCUACAGCAGUUCCAGAGAUUCGUGCAGCCUCUUCUGGCUGAUGCCGAAGUCUCCUUCAAACUGAUGGUCACUGAGCGACAGAACCAUGCACGCGAGCUGGUGCAGGCGGAGGAGCUGGGCCGCUGGGACGCGCUGGUGAUCAUGUCUGGGGACGGCCUGAUACACGAGGUGGUGAAUGGGCUUAUGGACCGGCCAGACUGGGAGACUGCCAUCCAGAAGCCGCUGUGCAGCCUCCCUGGAGGCUCUGGCAACGCAUUGGCAGCUUCCGUGAAUCACUAUGCUGGCUAUGAGCAAGUGACUAAUGAAGAUCUCCUGACCAACUGCACACUGUUGCUGUGUCGCAGGCUCUUAGAGCCCAUGAACCUUCUGUCCCUGCACGCUGCUUCCGGAAUUCGCCUCUUCUCCGUGCUCAGCCUGGCCUGGGGCAUGGUAGCUGAUGUGGAUGUGGAAAGUGAGAGGUAUCGGUGCCUGGGGGAGAAGCGCUUCACGGUGGGCACCUUCUUUCGCUUGGUGAACCUGCGCACCUACCGGGGCCAACUGGCCUACCUCCCCAUAGGAAGUGCUGUCUCCAGUAAGACACCCACUUCCCCUGUGCUGCUGCAGGGGGGCCCUGUGGACUCAUACCUUGUUCCCCUGGAAGAGCCAGUGCCCUCUCACUGGACUGUGGUGCCCGAGCAGGACUUCGUGCUGGUGCUGGCACUGCUGCACACUCACAUGAGCAGCAAGAUGUUCACAGCACCCAUGGGCCGAUGUGCAGCUGGUGUCAUGCAUCUGUUCUAUGUGCGUGCGGGGGUAUCGAGGACCAUGCUGUUGCGCCUCUUCCUGGCCAUGGAGAAUGGGAAGCACAUGGAGUGUGACUGCCCAUACCUGGUGUAUGUGCCCGUGGUUGCCUUUCGCCUGGAGUGCGAGGGGAGGGGUGUGUUUUCUGUGGAUGGGGAAUUACUGAUCACUGAGGCUGUGCAGGGCCAGGUGCAGCCAGAUUACCUCUGGAUGGUCAGCAGUGGCAGGGAGCCCUCAACCACCGAGUCCCAGCAAGAGCCACCCUCCCAAAAGCCCUCAUGACUGAACUGGCCCCAUAGUGCCUUUGUCCACUGGUGUAGGCUGAGACCAGGGCCCUUCCCACCCUGAAUGGGAGGGAGGGCCUGUCCAAAGCUCACGUGGGGGUGAUGGGGACUCUUCUGAAGGGUGAAAAGGUAGGGGGCUUUAUGCUUUGGGAGGAUCAGAGGCCAGAAUGGAGUGCUGGGCAACAGCCCCACUGACUGGGGUAGCUGCUUGUGGUAGGCAAUCACAUUUGUUCUGGGAGUUCUCUUCCACUAAUCAAAUUCAAAUAAAGUGAGAUCCUCA